GUGAUUUUGUUGCCACCUUUCUGACAUUUUUUUUUUCUCUCGGAGGGAUCUUACUUGGGAGAUACUGAAGCACGGUUCCCGAUCGUGGCAGCCAUGAGCUCCGGGGAAGGAGCGGAGGAGACGACGAAGGACGCCAGCGACAUAGCGGCGUUCUUCAAGACCGAUGGAUCCCUCCCGAAAGAGCCAAAAGGAGAUGUAUCGAGUCAGAUAGCAGGUUUCAGGAGAAAUGAGGAGAUGAGAGCCAUGGAGGUUCUUCCAAUCCUCAAAGAAAAAGUUGCCUAUCUCUCAGGUGGCAGAGACAGACGUGGCGGUCCAGUGUUAACAUUUCCAUCACGCAGCAACCACGAUAGAAUACGAACGGACGACCUGCGGAGACUGAUUGCCUACCUUGCCGGCAUCCCCAGCGAGGAGGUGUGUAAACAUGGCUUCACGGUCAUCGUUGAUAUGCGCGGCUCCAAGUGGGAUAGCAUCAAGCCUCUGCUGAAGAUCCUGCAGGAAUCGUUUCCAUCCUGCAUCCACGUCGCCCUCAUCAUCAAACCAGACAACUUCUGGCAGAAGCAGAGGACGAAUUUUGGCAGCUCCAAGUUUGAGUUUGAGACCACCAUGGUGUCGCUAGAGGGCCUUUCAAAGGUCGUUGACCCCUCCCAGCUGACGUCGGACUUUGACGGCAGCCUGGACUACAACCACGAUGAAUGGAUAGAGGUGCGUGUUGCAUUCGAGGAGUUCUCUGGUCAUGCCACCCAAAUGUUGGCUCGACUAGAGGAGAUGCAGGAAAUUGUCUCAAGGAAAGACUUUCCUCAAGAUCUGGAGGGAGCGCGGCGGAUGAUAGAAGAACAUGCCACGCUGAAAAAGAAAGUUAUAAAAGCCCCGAUAGAGGAGCUGGACACUGAGGGACAGAGGUUGCUCCAGAGAAUCCAGAGCAGCGAGUCCUUCUCCAACCGUAACGGCGGCGGCAGCGGGGGCAGUGGCGGCAGCAGCGGUAGCAGCAGUGGGAUGUGUAAUGCCGACACCCAGGGACUUAUGCCAAGGAUCACCCAGCUGCUGGACAAACUGCAUUCCACCAGACAGCACCUCCACCAGGCCUGGCAUGUCCGCAAGCUCCAGCUGGAUCAGUGCUUCCAGCUCCGCCUGUUUGAACAGGAUGCAGAGAAGAUGUUUGACUGGAUCAUGCACAACAAGGGUUUGUUCCUGGCAGGCUACACAGAGAUUGGCAACAACCACCCCCACGCUGUUGAGCUGCAAACCCAGCAUAACCACUUUGCAAUGAACUGCAUGAAUGUGUACGUGAAUAUAAACCGGAUCAUGUCCGUGGGCAACCGGCUCCUGGAGUCGGGUCACUACGCCUCCCAACAGAUCAAACAGAUCUCAGGUCAGCUUGAGAAGGAAUGGAAGGCCUUCGCAGCAGCAUUGGAUGAGCGCAGCACGCUUCUGGAGAUGUCGGCCAGCUUCCAUCAGAAAUGUGACCAGUACAUGAGUAAUGUGGACUCGUGGUGCAAGGCGUGCGGGGAGGUAGAUUUGCCCUCUGAGCUGCAAGACCUUGAAGAUGCCAUCCAUCACCACCAAGGCCUUUAUGAACACAUUACUGCUGCUUACUCUGAGGUGAGCCAGGAUGGCAAAGCCCUGUUAGACAAGCUGCAGCGACCUUUGACCCCAGGCAGUGCUGAUUCACUGACAGCAUCAGCAAACUACUCCAAGGCAGUACACCACGUCCUGGACAUUAUCCACGAGGUGCUGCAUCAUCAGAGACAGCUGGAAAACAUCUGGCAACACCGCAAAGUUCGGCUGCACCAACGUCUGCAGCUCUGUGUAUUUCAACAGGAUGUCCAGCAGGUGCUGGACUGGAUAGAAAAUCAUGGUGAGGCCUUUCUCAGCAAACACACAGGUGUGGGAAAGUCCCUCCACCGAGCCCGAGCUUUACAGAAACGGCACGAAGACUUUGAGGAAGUGGCACAGAAUACUUACACCAAUGCAGACAAGCUGCUUGAGGCGGCCGAGCAGCUGGCCCAGACGGGAGAGUGCGACCCAGAGGAGAUCUACCAGGCCGCCCACCAGCUCGAAGACAGAAUCCAAGACUUUGUCCGCCGCGUGGAGCAGCGUAAAGUCCUGCUGGACAUGUCUGUCGCCUUCCAUACACAUGUCAAAGAGCUGUGGACAUGGCUGGAGGAGCUCCAGAAGGAGCUACUGGACGACGUUUACGCCGAGUCAGUGGAGGCCGUGCAGGAUCUGAUCAAACGCUUUGGACAACAGCAACAGACCACACUGCAGGUCACAGUCAACGUCAUCAAGGAGGGAGAGGAUCUCAUCCAGCAGCUCAGGGACUCGGCCAUCUCCAGCAACAAGACGCCCCACAACAGCUCCAUCAACCACAUCGAGAGUGUCCUGCAGCAGCUGGAUGAGGCCCAGGCCCAGAUGGAGGAGCUCUUCCAGGAAAGGAAGAUCAAAUUGGAGCUCUUCCUGCAACUGCGGAUCUUUGAAAGAGACGCCAUUGAUAUCAUCUCUGACCUAGAAUCCUGGAAUGAGGAGCUGACGGGUCAGAUGAACGAGUUUGACACGGAGGACUUGACCGUAGCGGAACAGAGGCUUCAGCACCACGCUGACAAGGCCCUGACGAUGAACAACCUCACCUUCGAUGUCAUCCACCAGGGACAGGAGCUGCUGCAGUACGUCAACGAAGUCCAGUCCUCUGGUGUAGAGCUGCUGUGUGACCGAGACGUCGACAUGGCUACUCGGGUUCAGGACCUGCUGGAAUUUCUCCAUGAGAAGCAGCAAGAGCUGGACUUGGCGGCCGAGCAGCACCGCAGACACCUGGAGCAGUGCGUCCAGCUGAGACACCUGCAAGCUGAAGUCAAACAGGUUUUGGGCUGGAUUCGUAACGGCGAGUCAAUGCUGAAUGCUGGAUUAAUAACAGCCAGCUCACUGCAGGAGGCCGAACAGCUACAGAGAGAACAUGAACAGUUUCAGCAUGCCAUUGAGAAAACCCACCAGAACGCCCUGCAGGUUCAGCAGAAGGCAGAGGCUCUGCUCCAGGCAAACCACUACGACAUGGACCUGAUCAGAGACUGUGCGGAGAGCGUGGCCUCCCACUGGCAGCAGCUUAUGCUAAAAAUGGAAGACCGACUCAAGCUUGUCAAUGCCUCAGUAGCCUUUUACAAGACCUCUGAACAGGUCUGCAGCGUUUUGGAGAGCCUGGAGCAGGAGUAUAAGAGAGAGGAGGACUGGUGCGGAGGAGCAGACAAACUGGGACCCAACUGUGAAACGGACCAUGUCAGCCCCAUGAUCAGUAAACAUCUGGAGCAGAAGGAGGCUUUCCUCAAGGCCUGCACUUUGGCCAGGAGAAAUGCGGACGUCUUCCUAAAGUACAUGCACAGGAACAGUGUGAACAUGCCCGGGAUGCUGAGCCACGUCAAAGCACCAGAACAGCAAGUCAAAAACAUCCUCAAUGAGCUGCUGCAGAGAGAAAAUCGUGUUCUCCACUUCUGGACCAUGAGAAAACGACGGCUGGACCAGUGUCAGCAGUAUGUGGUGUUUGAGCGCAGUGCCAAACAGGCUCUGGAAUGGAUUCAUGACACUGGAGAGUUUUAUCUGUCCACACACACCUCCACUGGCUCAAGUAUCCAUCACACACAGGAACUGCUUAAGGAGCAUGAAGACUUCCACAUCACAGCCAGGCAAACUAAGGAGCGUGUGAAGCUGCUGAUCCAGCUGGCUGACGGCUUCUGUGAGAAAGGCCACAGCCAUGCUGGGGAGAUAAAAAAAUGGGUGACUGCUGUGGAUAAACGCUACAGAGACUUCUCCCUGCGCAUGGACAAGUACCGCUGCAGCCUGGAGAAAGCCCUGGGCAUCUCCUCGGACUCUAAUAAGGCUAGUAAGGAUCUGCAGUUGGACAUCAUCCCAGCCACGGCUCCAGGAUCAGAGGUCAAGCUGCGUGAUGCUGCUCACGAGCUGAAUGAGGAGAAACGCAAGUCAGCGCGCAGAAAAGAGUUCAUCAUGGCAGAGCUGAUUCAGACAGAAAAAGCCUACGUGCGGGACCUGCGGGAGUGCAUGGAUACCUACCUGUGGGAGAUGACGAGCGGUGUGGAGGAGAUUCCUCCAGGAAUCAUCAACAAGGAGCACAUCAUCUUCGGAAACAUGCAGGACCUUUAUGAAUUCCACCAUAACAUCUUUCUCAAAGAGUUGGAGAAAUAUGAGCAGCUUCCAGAGGAUGUGGGUCAUUGCUUUGUCACAUGGGCUGAUAAGUUCCAGAUGUAUGUGAACUACUGUAAGAACAAACCUGACUCCACCCAGCUCAUCCUGGAGCAUGCUGGGAACUACUUUGAUGAAAUUCAACAGAGGCACCGACUGGCCAACUCCAUCUCUUCAUAUCUGAUCAAGCCUGUGCAGAGAAUAACCAAGUAUCAGCUCCUGCUGAAGGAGUUGCUGACAUGCUGUGAAGAAGGUAAAGGUGAGAUCAAAGACGGCCUGGAGGUGAUGCUGAGUGUUCCUAAGAGAGCCAAUGACGCCAUGCAUCUCUCAAUGCUGGAAGGUUUUGAUGAAAACAUUGAGUCCCAGGGAGAGCUCAUUCUCCAGGAGUCAUUCCAGGUCUGGGAUCCCAAGACUCUGAUCCGGAAAGGUCGAGAGCGCCAUCUCUUCCUCUUUGAAAUGUCUCUUGUCUUCAGCAAGGAGGUCAAGGACUCGAACGGCAGAAGCAAAUACAUCUACAAGAGCAAACUCUUUACGUCAGAGCUGGGGGUGACGGAGCAUGUCGAAGGAGACCCCUGUAAGUUUGCCCUGUGGAUGGGGCGCACUCCAACUUCUGACAACAAGAUUGUGCUCAAGCUAAGUCAGGGAUCCAAACACGGAGCGAUGGCGUCGAGCAUAGAGAACAAGCAGGACUGGAUCAAACACAUCAGGGAGGUCAUUCAGGAGCGCACCAUUCACCUGAGAGGAGCGCUGAAGGAGCCCAUUCAUAUUCCCAAAGCGACCACAGCAAAGCACCACAAGGGACGAAGGGAUGGAGAGGACCUGGACAGUCAGGGUGAAGGCAGCAGCCAACCAGACACCAUCUCUCUGGCAUCCAGGACUUCACAAAACACACUGGACAGUGACAAGCUCUCCGGUGGCUGUGAACUCACCGUGGUGAUCCAUGACUUCAUGGCCAGCAACAGCAACGAGCUGACUGUACGGCGCUGUCAGACAGUGGAGGUACUGGAGCGCUGCCAUGAAAGACCAGACUGGUGCCUUGUUAGGACCACCGAUCGUUCCCCUGCCAUGGAGGGUCUGGUGCCCUGCGCCAUGCUCUGCAUCGCCCACUCCAGGUCAUCUAUGGAGAUGGAGGGCAUCUUCAACCACAAAGACACUUUGUCAGUGUGCAGCAAUGACUCCAUCAUGCCGGGGUCAUCUGCCACGCUCCAGCCAGGUCACGGCCUUGGCUCCCACACCUCACCAGGGCCUAAACGACCAGGUAACACCCUGCGGAAGUGGCUUACUAGCCCAGUGCGCCGGCUAAGCAGCGGCAAGGCAGACGGCCAUGUGAAGAAACUGGCCCACAAACACAAGAAGAGUCGUGACAUAAGGAAGAGCGGGGAGAUGACGAUGGGGUCCCAGAAAGACUCGGAUGACAGCGCUGCUACUCCUCAGGACGAGACUGUGGAGGAGAGGGUUCGCAAUGAGGGAUUGUCCAGCGGCACAUUGUCUAAGUCCAGCUCUUCAGGGAUGCAGAGCUGCGGAGAGGAGGAGGGGGAGGAGGGAGCUGACUCUGUACCUCUGCCUCCACCCAUGGCCAUCCAGCAGCACAGCCUGCUGCAGCCGGACUCACAGGACGACAAGACCUCUUCGCGUCUGUCAGUCCGUCCAUCCAGUUCAGAGACGCCCAGUGCUGCGGAGUUGGUGAGCGCCAUCGAGGAGCUGGUCAAAAGCAAGAUGGCUUUGGAGGACAGACCCAGCUCGCUGUCGGUAGAACGGGGGGACAGCAGCUCCCCUUCCUUCAACCCCUCUGACAACUCCCUCCUCUCCUCGUCCUCCCCGAUGGAAGAGAUGGACGAACGCAGGACCAGCGUCCUCAAGAAAAGACACUUCAUUCUGCUGGAGUUGGUGGAGACGGAGAGAGAUUAUGUAAGAGACCUGGGCCUAGUGGUGGAGGGCUACAUGUGCCGGAUGAAGGAGGAGGGUGUCCCUGACGACAUGAAAGGAAAAGACAAAAUCGUUUUUGGAAACAUCCAUCAGAUCUACGACUGGCACAGAGAUUUCUUUCUUGGAGAGUUGGAGAAAUGUCUGGAGGACCCUGACAGACUGGGACCACUCUUUCUCAAACAGGAGCGGAGACUCAACAUGUACGUGGUGUACUGUCAGAACAAGCCCAAGUCGGAGCUCGUCGUCUCAGAGUACAUCGACACCUACUUCGAGGACCUGAAGCAGCGGCUGGGACACAGACUGCAGAUCACAGACCUGCUCAUCAAACCAGUCCAGAGGAUCAUGAAAUACCAGUUGCUACUUAAGGAUUUCCUGAAACACUCUAAAAAGGCUGGGCAGGAGUCCGUGGAGUUGGAGAAAGCAGUGGAGGUCAUGUGCAUCGUGCCAAAAAGGUGUAAUGACAUGAUGAAUGUCGGCCGGCUUCAAGGAUUUGAUGGGAAGAUCGUGGCUCAGGGCCGCCUUUUGUUGCAGGACACGUUCAUGGUGUGUGACCCUGAGGGCAGCCUGCUUGGCCGGAUGAAGGAGAGGAGAGUCUUUUUGUUUGAGCAGAUGGUCAUCUUCAGCGAGCCCCUUGACAAGAAGAAAGGUUUCUCUUUGCCAGGCUUCCUCUACAAAAACAGCAUCAAGGUGAGCUGUUUGGGUCUGGAGGAGGACGUUGAAGGGGAUCCCUGCAAGUUCAUUCUCACUUCCCGGUCGACAAACAGCACCGUGGAGUCCUUUGUGCUUCACUCAUCCCACCAAGGGGUGCGUGAGGUCUGGACCCUUCAGAUAGGCCAGAUACUCGAGAGCCAACUCAAUUUCCUCAACGCUCUAACUUCACCAAUAGAAUAUCAGAGGAACCAUGUGGGGGCCAGUGGUGGGUCAUGUGUGCCCAGCCUGGGAGCUCCGGGUGGAAGCAGCAGUAGUGCUCCUCUUGGAGUGGGAGGUUGUAGCUCCCAGAGUAGUGCUGUCCCUUCAGGACCCCAGGGUGGAUCUCGUCGACCAUCCAGGAUUCCCCAGCCCUCCCGUCUGCCCCAACCCCUACGCCAUCAUCCCGGGGCCGACCCCGAUGGCCCCAGCAAGAUGUCAGGUUCGUCCCCCUGUCCUGUUCCUCCUCCCCAACUGCCUCCAGGGGGUAGCCCACAGGGCAAGCGCCCCUUCCAGACCCCAGAGGACCAAGCACAGGCCCCCACCCCUGCCAGUGCUGUAUCCCCUAUUCCCCGUGCCACAGUUGGGCCCAUGCCCUCGACGCCCACUUCCAAACCACGGCCAGGAGCCGUGUCCCCUAUGGCCACCCCUUUGGCCACGCCUGCCUUUGGCAAAGAUGGCCUUCCUCCUCCCCCUCCCAGUCCAGGCCAGAAGUCUGGAUCAGGAUUCUGGAGCUCCAUGCCAGGCUCUCCAGCCAGCCGGCCUGGCUCAUUCACCUUCCCAGGGGAGGCAGGAGAGACUCCAGUCCGUCAGAAUUCCAACCAGAUCCAGACGGGCUCUGGAUCUGGGAGCCAGUCCCACAGACACUCCACGCACAGCAAGGAAGCCGACCGCAUGAGUACAUGCUCAUCGGCCAGUGAGCAGUCCAUCCAGUCCACCCAGAGUAACGGGAGUGAAAGUAGCAGCAGCAGUAGUGUAUCCACCAUGUUGGUGACCCAGGACUACAUGGCCGUGAAGGAGGAUGAAAUCAGCGUUAAUCAGGGCGAGGUGGUCCAGAUCUUGGCCAGCAACCAGCAAAACAUGUUCCUGGUUUUCAGGGCAGCGACUGAGCAGGGCCCCGCCGCCGAGGGCUGGAUCCCCGGUUUUGUGCUCGGACACACCUCAGCCAUCAUCCCCGAUUGUCCUGAGGGAACCAUCAAGAAGUCUUCAUCCUGGCACACGUCCCUGCGCAUCCGUAAAAAAUCCGAGAAAAAGGAGAAGGAGGCAAAGAAAGAGAGCAAGCUGGAAAACGGUUACAGGAAGUCCAGAGACAGCCUGGCCAAUAAAGUUUCUGUAAAGCUUCUAAAUCCAAACUACAUCUAUGAUGUUCCCCCAGAGUUCCUUGUACCGCUGAGUGAUGUGACAUGUGACAACGGAGAGAGCGUCACCCUGAGGUGUAAGGUUUGUGGGCGACCCCGGGCAUCCGUCACCUGGAAAGGACCCAACCAGAGCAACCUUACCAACAACGGACACUUCAGCAUCACCUACAGCGAUACUGGUGAGGCGACACUGCGGAUUAUUGGCGUAGCCUCUGAGGACGAUGGUGUUUACACUUGUGUUGCCACAAACGAGCUGGGCAGCGUCGCAUCAUCAGCUAGCCUCAGAGUGUUAGCCAUGUCCAGUGAUGGGAUCAGAGUGAGCUGGAAGGACAACUUUGAGUCGCACUUCACCGAGGUGGUUGAACUGGGCAGGGGUCGUUUCUCUGUUGUGAAGCGUUGUGACCAGCGGGGCACCAAACGUACAGUGGCGGUCAAACACGUGAACAAGAAGCUGAUGAGGCGGGACAGGGUGACUCAGGAACUCAAUCUGCUCCAGAGACUCCAACACCCCCACAUAGUCAGUCUGAUAGACACGUAUGAAACCCCCGCCAGCUACGCGCUCGUCAUGGAGAUGGCUGAUCAAGGUCGUCUGCUGGACUACAUUGUUAGCUGGGGGAAUCUGACGGAGGAGAAAGUGGCCUGUUACCUACGCGACAUUUUAGAAGCUUUACACUACCUUCACAACAGCAGGAUUGUACAUUUGGACGUGAAGCCUGAGAACAUGCUUGUGACCGGCACCAGUGGGCAGCCCACAGUCAAACUCACCGACUUUGGUGAUGCUGUCCAGCUCAACAGUGCCCACUACGUUCACCCUCUGCUGGGCAGCCCUGAGUUUGCCUCCCCUGAGUUGGUCCUUGGAGAGCCGGUGUCGUUAAACUCCGACAUGUGGAGUCUGGGAGUGGUGACCUACGUGCUGCUGAGCGGUGCCUCCCCCUUCCUCGAUGAGAGCGCAGAGGAGACCUGCCUGAACAUCUGCCAGUUAGACUUCAGCUUCCCCAGGGAUUACUUCCAGGGCGUCAGCCAGGCAGCUCGGGACUUCAUCUGUCUGCUCCUAAGAACUGACCCGGGCAGGAGGCCUCCUGCUGGGCUCUGCCUUCAGGAGCCGUGGCUGCAGGUCGGUACGGCUGAAGGCAGGGCCAGAGCAGAGGGCUGCCUGGACACCUCCCGCCUCAUCUCCUUCAUAGACCGGAGGAAACAUCAGACUGAUGCCCGCGCCAUGGGAGGAGUCAGGAGCUUCAUCCAAAGUCGCCUUCAGCCCCAAGUUUAAAGGAUAGCUUAUACAAAUCCAAACUAAACUUGGACUCCUCCUGCCUUCUAUCCGAUCAUAGCAGACAAAAGCAGGAAAAUCAAGACUUCCUUCACAGUUUGUUGUCGAGUACUGAGGCUUCAGGGACUGCAGGUUCCUUUUGAAUAGAGCAUCUUGAUGGUUUAGAUGAAAAGAACGAAUGCUGAUUCUGUCCUCCUUUACAGAAUGCUGAUUUCCUAAAGUCCGGUAGUCCUUUCCCCAUAUUAAAUUUAGACCUGUCGAGGUCCUAAACUAAUCAGGUCCCUAGAGAACAGAGUUCUCUCCAAUCACGUAAAUUAUUGGAUGCCCUUUGUCUACUGCUGCUUGCUGGUUUCAACUCAUUCAAGAUUUUGUAGUUAAGUGAACAAAUAUAUAUAUAAAUAUAUAUAUUAAAAAAAACAUAAUGAAGUAAUUUAUUUUCCUUUGCAAGAGUUCAAGUGGAUCAUAAAGAGCCAACUGAUUCAGCCUUGACACCACUGCAUCGCGGCGCGUGAUGCUAACAAUGCUGUUGAGAGUGCUGAGAGCAAACCUCCCUCCCUCUUGUUGCUAGAGGGACACAGAUGUUGUAUGUUUUUUGCUCUUUUACACUAAAACUGUAACUCAAAGACUUUUGAGAAGCAGCCCUUUCUUAUAGAAACAAUGUAAAAGGAAACGUCUGUCUCUAUGUUUCAAAAACUUAAAAAAAAAAAACUUAAAAAAAAAAAAAAAUGUAGAAAUGCUCAUCGGUUGAAAGUUGCUGUGCCACUUUGGACUCUGUAGACACACAGACAGUAACUUUAAUGAGACAUUUAUACAUCCAAUCAGAGCUUUUUGAUGGCAGCGCUUAUAUAAUGUACCUUAUCUAAGAUACCAUGAUGACCAUGUUGCAAGUAACAAUGCUGCACUGUCCACUCUGAGAAGAAACAAUAGACAUCCAUUGUUUGCUUUUUCUAGAACAAAACUUGUGUUGCGGCAGAUAUGAGAUGUUUAAGCCUUACCAUGUAUAUAAACUUCUGCCUUCUUUCCUCUGACAUUCACAUUGGACUCCUGCUUUGGAUGGCAGGAGAUCAGACUGUCCCAGCCUCUUUGGCAGCAGUGACUGCCAAAAUCUGUGGGAGUGGUUUCGGAGAGAGGAAGACAAAUUACUGUAAAUGCACUCAUUGUAUGUUAUGUUUGAUUAUCAUGUGCAAUGUUGCGGCUUUAACAUUUUAUGCAACUAUUUAUGAAGACAUCUGUUGUAUCUGUAAUAAAUCUAGAGAAAAGCAUGUACUUGGUACUGCAAGCACUGCUGGUAGUUUGUGUUUAUUUGAUCUUUUGAGUGUUGCGACUUCCAGGCCAGGUCAAGGUUAAAGGUCACAUUUACAAUCAUUAUACUUUGAUCGAACUCAUUAAAACACUUCUUGCAGUGUAUGCCUUUUGUAGUAUUGGUACACCAAAGUCGCGCUAGCUUUAUAGUACUUAAUAAUCCGUUUAAUUGUGAUUAUGGUUCACAUGUGAAAUGAUUGUUUACACAAGUUCAACUCGAGAUUGGAGGAAGUUUCAUGGAGUCUGUUGUGCUCGUCAUAACAAAAGCAGGGGAUUCAAGAAAGUUUCGUUUGAGUUGGAGAUUUUGAACAUCAUUUAGUAAAUGCUGUUCUAAUUUUAUGUACAGAUACUUGUUGCCAAAACAGUUAUUAAUAAAUUCCUUUUCCUUAUGAAAAAAAAACAAACUACCCUGAAACGGCGAAUAACCAGUGGCUUUCAGUCUGAUUAGAUUUUCUGUCCUGCACAUUUAAAAAAAAAAAAAACAGGACAGCUACAGCGAAACACAUUCAUCCAGCACAGGGUCGAGACAUGUUGCAUUCAAACAAUGAUGUUGGAACAAUGACUUUACCUGGAACAGGGGACCACCUCCUCGGAUACCUUUUUUUUUUCUUUUUUUUUUAAUUUAUUUGAAAGGUGUGACACAGCCAUGAAAGACAAGGACACUUGGACUGUAUACCUCAGUUUAGGGUUGUUUUUUUUUUUUUUAUCAUUGUUGUUUGUCUUUUUUUUUGUCAUGUUUGUUUCCAAUUUCCUUUGUUUCAUGUUUGGUAUUUGUUUUUCUUUUUUACGUUUGUUUUUUUUUUAUCUGCAUGUAUAUUUCUUUGUACAGAUCAUACAUAUUUUCUCUUGUAAAUAUUUUAAUUCUGCCAUCAGUUAUUUGAAAAUUAAACACAAUGAAAUCA